CUGCCGCUGCCGCGGCUCGCUGGCCUCGUUCCCCAGCGGGCGCACUCGCUGUUACCCGUGGAUGAUGACAUCAACGGGCUAAACGAGGAGCAGAAGCAGCUUCGACAGACCCUGGCUAAGUUCCUUCAGGAGCACCUGGCCCCCAAGGCCCAGGAGAUUGAUCAAGAAAACGAGUUCAAGAACCUGCGAGAGUUUUGGAAGCAGUUGGGAAAACUGGGAAUGCUGGGCAUCACAGCCCCCGGUCAGUAUGGCGGCUCUGACCUGGGCUACCUGGAACACGUGUUGGUGAUGGAGGAGAUAUCCCGAGUGUCCGGAUCGGUGGGGCUCAGUUACGGUGCCCACUCCAACCUCUGCCUCAACCAAAUUGUACGCAAUGGGAAUGAGGCCCAGAAGGAGAAGUAUCUCCCCAAGCUGAUCAGCGGGGAGUACAUUGGAGCCCUGGCCAUGAGUGAGCCCAAUGCUGGCUCUGACGUUGUCUCCAUGAAGCUAAAAGCUGAAAAGAAAGGAGAUCACUACAUCCUGAACGGCAAUAAGUUCUGGAUCACCAACGGCCCCGAUGCCGACGUCAUUGUUGUCUAUGCCAAGACAGAUCUGGCUGCUGUGCCGGCCUCUCGGGGCAUCACGGCCUUCAUUGUGGAGAAGGGCAUGCCUGGCUUCAGCACCUCCAAGAAGCUGGACAAGCUGGGGAUGAGGGGCUCUAAUACCUGUGAGCUAAUCUUCGAAGACUGCAAGGUUCCUGCUGCCAACAUCCUGGGCCAUGAGAGUAAGGGCGUCUACGUGCUCAUGAGUGGGCUGGACCUGGAGCGGCUGGUGCUGUCUGGCGGACCCCUCGGGAUCAUGCAAGCCGUCCUCGACCACACCAUCCCCUACCUGCACGUGAGGGAAGCCUUUGGCCAGAAGAUCGGCCUCUUCCAGUUGAUGCAGGGGAAGAUGGCCAACAUGUAUACCCGCCUCAUGUCGUCUCGGCAGUACGUCUACAACGUCGCCAAGGCCUGCGACGAGGGCCACUGCACUGCCAAGGACUGCGCCGCUGUGAUUCUUUAUGCAGCUGAGUGUGCCACCCAGGUAGCCCUGGACGGGAUCCAGUGUCUCGGUGGCAAUGGCUACAUCAACGACUUCCCCAUGGGCCGCUUUCUUCGGGAUGCCAAGCUGUAUGAGAUCGGGGCCGGGACCAGUGAGGUGAGGCGGCUGGUCAUCGGCAGAGCCUUCAACGCAGACUUCCACUAGCUCCACGUCCUACUCCUCUUGCCAGCACCUCGAGGCCUUUCUUGGAAGUGAAGACCCGGCAACCCUCCUACCCUGCCCGGGGCCGGCCUGCUGCUUAGAUGCGCUUCUUGUGCCAGUAAUCUGGCCUCCACCUGCAGCUGAGUUCUUCACGAUGGCUGCCAAGUUCCGUGGGCCUCACGGCAGGGGCAGCCAGCCCGAAGAGGGCUCCAGGGCUUACA